UUUGAGGGCCACCAUCCUGCAGGUUUUUUUCUCUGCUCCACGCACCUAUUUUGAAUCAACGAGUGAAGGAAUCUGCAGAACACGAAGAGGCGCUACACAGCGUMAUUUCGCGGGGACGGGAGCGAGUGAGAGGCUGGCAGGUUGCAGGCUUCUUCAGCGGUAACAGUUUAGAAUGAGGUUUUGUUGUAAAAACUGAACAGCUGACAGCAUUCUGGUUCAGACCCCCCCAGACCUCAGGAGGCCAGGAUCAAACCAACACAYCAGACCAGGGAUGCAUGUCCAGCUGUAGGAAGGAUCACCUCUCUCUGCAGGGAAUCGAGGACGAUCUGGUCCAGCUAAAUCGGUGCAGAAAUGAACGAGGAAGGAGUUGAGAAUCAGCUCCCCCCUGGCACUGAGCCAGGGGUGGUGGGAGACACCGGACCCAACAUAAACGCCAAGGAGACUCAGGAGACAGCAGGGGAAGCACCUGCACCCUUAGAUGACCCGAAGGAGACGCCGGGUGUAAGUCCAAACCCCGAGGACGACAACCCCGCAGCAACGGAGAUCAAAGAUGAAGUUAAAUCUACUGCUGGUGAACCGGGUAUGGACUGGUUCGAGCCGCUCGAGGAUGACGAUGACCCCGACACCGAAAGCCUGGCAGGRGAAACCGAGAGCGUUGCAGGCAGCGAGAGAGCCAUGAAAAAGAUAUACAUGCUUCAAAGUCAUCGCCGCAAGCGAUCGCAUCCCGACGAAGGAUGGGAGGAUUGUCCUGUGCUCGGAGAAGGUUGGAAACGCAAAGAGGUGGUUCGACGCUCGGGCUCAAGCAUUGGUCAGAAAGACGUGUAUUACCUCGGUCCUUGUGGUGAACGAGUGAGGAGCAGAGUAGAACUGACCACGGUGCUCCAGGGACAGCUUGACUUGACCAGCUUUGAUUAUAAGUCGGGCAAGUUUUACGACGGAGACGCCCCCCCCGUGAGAGUUCGAAACAGGGUAAAGAGAAAGUACCGAGAGCGUUCCUCCUCCGAGUCCAGUUGGAUGGAGAGAGGAGACGGGGCGGAGACUCCUGACUCCUACCACAGGCUCACCCCAACUCCCGGGCCCAAAACCUCCCAGCAGAACCAAACCAACGUUUACACGAACAAUGUGACGGGAGCGUAUCAGCAGGGCUCUCACGCUGAGGAGUCGCUGGCGGAGGAGAAAAUCCGGCUACCGCCCCCGUCGUCAUCUCGGACGCUCCCACUGCCAUCAAUAAAGGGAGAGUUUGGAUCAGAAGACAGUAUUCUGGAUUGUGCCAGAUGUGGAAGCACUUUUUCAGGUACAUGGUACGACAAACAAAGAAAGAGGCCCUGCUGUCCCACCUGCUGGGCGUUGUCAAAGGCGAAAGUGCACCCCAUGAUCCGUUUCAGAAAGUGGAUUCCUUGUGGUCAGUGUGUGGGAUGUCACAACUCUGUGAACUGUGGGCAGUGUGCCAACUGCAAGCAUGGGCUGCAGAGCCCCGAAGCCAAGAAGCGCCUGUGCCGGAAACGCAGAUGCAUGUGUCCCAUUCGUAAGGACCCUGAAAGCAAGUUUCUKAGUCAGAUGCCUUACGACGACUGUCCUGAAAUGUACGACGACAACUCAAACUUUCAGAAUGAAAUCACGGACUCUCAGCAGCCAAGUCUUAAAAGCAGCGACACAGAGAACUUCUCAGUCAACAUGGACCUUAAUGCGGACUUAAGUGCAGACUUCAAUAUGGACCUCGAUGAGGACGAAAUGUCAACUGAUGAUGACGAUGAUUGGCAUAAGAAGCGGAAGCGGCGUUCCUGUGGAGAAUGUAAAGCCUGUCUGUGCAGGAAAGACUGCGGCACGUGUGAUUUCUGUAUAGACAAACCCAAAUUUGGAGGCAGCAACAAAAAGAGGCAGAAAUGUCGCUUACGGCAGUGUCAGCGGCAGGCGAUGAGACAUUUGCUGCCCUUCCAGAUGGGGGAGAUUGAGCAUGGGCCAGAUGGAACAUUACCAGGCAGACCCAAACCUCAGUACACAUACAGUCGGAAGUCCAGUUUCAAGAAAAACAGAGGACCAAACACGAGCUUGGAUUUGACCGACAAUGAAGAUGAUGAGAUUAAUUUACAAGCACUGAACCACUCCGAUUAUGGGAUGCGGAACGGACUGCCAGAUCGAGCUCCUCACAUCAGCAAUCACAACUACUCUCAACCAAGCCACCAAAGUCAAUGGGAUGCAGAAAGAUCUCAUACAGGCAGAAAUGCAUCAGGAGUUGAAGAAAACGAGGAAGACUUUCCUAUGAUCACGCAGAUCUUCAGUUUGGCUGACAACCCAAAUGAGAGCAGUGUAGACAACGAAAACCAGCUGAUGAAACUGCUCCACACCCUACGCUUGACCAUAAUGCCGAUCCUGUGGUACGCCAUCAUGGUGGAGGGCCCGCAGCUGCAGCUCACCCAGUGUUCCAAGCAGUCCAGCAUGGCCGACACCGUAGUGCUGAUCAACCCCGGCUUCUACUAUUACGUCACUGUCCAAAAGCAGCCGCUGCUCCCCACCCACCCGGUCUACGACAAAUUCCCGAGYCGCCUAACCACGGCGACGGAGGUGGUCAAUCUGCUGUUGGCCCUGGAGAGGUACGAAGUCUGCCGUGGACUCCCUCCAAAGGAAGCCAUGCUUCAGGGAGGCCCGAUCGUACUGGAGCGGGCGUCAACGUGUGAGUUCUUGGUCACAAACAAAGAGACGGUCUGUGCCAACUGCAGAGCUCUGAAAAGACUUUAAAUGUACCGCUGGAAAAAUGAAAAGUGACCCUAACAGAGACCACCAAUAUUUCUGCUGUUUUUCACAGUCCCGAUAAUUUAUAAUAUGACAUUUAACAGAUUUACCUCUGGGCUGUGAUAAGAUUUGCCUAUCUCAAAGAUUGCCAAAGGAAUUCCAGGAGCUGGAUGAAUAUAUUUAGCCUUUUCUUUUCCUCCAGAUGUUUUAUUGCACUGGCGUUUCUGCGUUCCUUUAGUCUGCCCUUUGGUUUAUGUGCUGUUGGUUGAUCUAGUUUUUUAUAUAUAAGGAGUGGUUUUCAUCCCUCCACCGUUAUUACAUCUCUGAGUAACAUUCUCCUUACUUUAUGCUGUGUUAUGUUUUGGUCUUUCGUAAUAAAUGUCCCAUUUUUGUUGCACCAAA